AUGUUUCUCUCCAAGGCCAAGGGCACGCUCUUGAUCCUAAGUGCUGCCGCUGCUGUAGCUGCUUCCGUAGGUGUCACGACAUCAUGUAACACACAGCAAUUCCUCACCGUGUCGACGUCCAACGGCCCAAUUAUAGGCCACACUGCCUCCAACUCCGACUGCGUGAUUGAGUAUCUGGGCAUUCCGUUUGCGCAACCGCCUGUUGGAGACUUGCGAUUCGCGCCGCCCGCUAAAAUCGCAGCCAAGGAUACUUAUGAGGCGGCCCAUUAUGGAGCCGAUUGUCCUCUGACGCCUUCAAAGCCUGUGGACUAUCCUGGCUUCACGCCUCAAGCGCAGCGCAUCGUCAACUAUUUCGCUAGUGCUGCAGGCACUCCCCAGAGCGAAGACUGCCUUACUCUGAACAUUUGGUCCAAGGCGACGCGGAACUCACUUGAAGCGAAGAAGCCCGUGUUGGUCUUCUUUUACGGUGGCAGAUUUGCCAUUGGAAACACCGAUAGUCCCUUCUACACCGGCAAAUACUUCGCCGACGCCGAGGACAUCGUGGUGGUCACCGUCAACUACCGGAUCAACAUCUUUGGUUUCCCCGGUGCCCCAGGCUCGACUCAAAAUCUCGGGCUCCGUGACCAGCGAGCAGCGGUAGAAUGGGUCCGUGAGAACAUCAAGCAAUUUGGCGGCGAUCCAAACAAGAUUACCAUCCAAGGCCAGUCCGCCGGUGGUGUGUCGGUGGAUUACUGGACUUAUGCAUACGAAAACGACCCCAUCGUCCACGGCGUCAUUUCGCACUCGGGCAACGCUUUCAGCUUUCCUGUCAAUGCCCCUGGUGUCCCCGAGAAGAAUUGGGAUACUGUUGUAGCUGCCGUGAACUGUUCCUCUGCGUCCAAUGUCAUGGCGUGUAUGCGCAAGGCUGAUUGGCAGGCUAUCAAAGCCGCCGCAGCCAGCAUCAAGCCUGCUUCAACCACCAGUGUCCUACGAAGCACGCCUGCGUUCUACCCAAUCCCCGACGACGAGAUUGUCUUUUCAGAUUAUGUGAACUUGACCAACUCUGGUCACUUUGCAAAAGUGCCCCUGCUGCUGGGCAACAACAACAAUGAAGAUGGAUAUUAUCGUAUUCCCGCCUAUGCCUCCGGCAUCAUACCGACAGAUGCCCAAGUCGCAUCUUUUCUCCUCGAGUCUUUCACUUGUCCCGUAUCUCACCAAGCCAGUGCUCGCCGAGCUCACGGCGUGCCAGCCUGGGCUUACCGAUACAUGGCCGACUGGAACAAUACUCGUCUGUACCCUACCAGCGGUGCGUAUCACGGAGUCGACCUGCACAUGAUCUUUGGAGCGUCAGCAGAUCUCUUUGCUCGAUCACCCAAAAUGUCGACGGAUAAGAUUACGUUCUUGACCAACUGGCACGCGACCCCGUACCACGCACCGCUGUACCUCGCUCAGGCGAAAGGAUAUUUCAAGGAUGAAGGCAUCAAGGUCGCUCUCUUGGAGCCCAACGACCCUAGCGAUGUCACUGAGAUCAUCGGAUCUGGUAAAGUGGACCUCGGAUUCAAAGCCAUGAUUCAUACUCUUGCUGCCAAGGCCCGUGGCUUCCCUGUCACCUCCAUUGGCAGUCUGCUUGACGAGCCAUUCACUGGCGUCAUCUAUCUCAAGGAGUCUGGCAUCACCACCGACUUCCGCUCCCUCAAGGGCAAGCGCAUUGGCUAUGUGGGCGAGUUUGGCAAGAUCCAAAUUGACGAGCUCACCUCCCACUAUGGCCUCACUCCAGAGGACUAUACUGCCGUCCGCUGCGGAAUGAAUGUCUCCAAGGCCAUCAUCACCGGCGAAAUUGACGCUGGUAUUGGCCUGGAGAACGUUCAGAUGGUCGAGCUUGAGGAAUGGCUCGACAAGCAGGGCCGCCCCAAGACAGACGUUCAGAUGCUCCGCAUUGACGAACUCGCUGAAUUGGGCUGCUGCUGUUUCUGCACCAUCCUUUACAUUGGCAACGAGUCCUUCAUUGAGAAGAAUCCGGAGAAAGUCCGCGCUUUCCUUCGUGCUGUGAAAAAAGCCACUGACUUUGUGCUCGCUGAGCCGAGCAAGGCCUGGGCCGAAUACAUUGACUUCAAGCCCGUCAUGGGAACUGAGCUGAACCGCAAGAUGUUUGAGCGCAGCUUCGCAUACUUUUCCACGGACUUGAAGAACGUGCAGCGUGACUGGAACAAGGUGACAAAGUAUGGACAAAGGCUCGGCGUUCUUGAUGCCCAGUUCAAGUCCAACUACACCAACGAGUUCCUCGGCUGGGAGCUUGAGGCUGACUCUCAAGACCCGACCGGCGAUCAGAAGCGUAUGGUUGAGCUGCAGUGCGAUGUUGCCUGUCGCGGCGGCUUCCGUCGACUCCCGCCUACCAUCAAGGCUUAA